GCGGCGAGAGAGGCGCCCCGGAUGAGGGUAUAUAUUCCGAGCGGGCGCGGAACGCCGAUGAGUGGCGGAGCCGUAGGAGCCGGAGCCGAGUGGAGCUGCGGUCGCGCGGAGGGAGGCUUGCAGUUGCAAAAAUUAUACCCCUGUUUUCACAGAGGUUGGCUACCAGAGCAUUAUGAAUGUUAAUGACCUCAAACUCAGGUUGUCCAGAGCUGGGCAAGAACACCUGCUACAGUUCUGGAAUGAAUUGGAAGAAACCCAACAGGUAGAACUUUAUGCUGAACUCCAGGCCAUGAACUUUGAGGAGUUGAACUUAUUUUUCCAAAAGGCUAUUGAAGGAUUUAACGAGUCCUCUCACCAAGAGAAAGUGGAUGCACGAAUGGAGCCUGUUCCCCGAGAAGUGUUGGGCAGUGCUACCAGGGAUCAAGAUCAGCUCCACGCCUGGGAAAGUGAAGGACUUUUCCAGAUUUCUCAGAGCAAAGUAGCAGUUCUUCUUCUAGCCGGUGGGCAGGGGACAAGACUUGGAGUUGCAUAUCCCAAGGGGAUGUACGAUGUUGGGUUGCCAUCCCAUAAGACACUUUUUCAGAUUCAAGCAGAACGUAUCCUGAAGCUACAGCAGUUAGCUGAAAAAUAUCAUGGCAACAAAUGCAUCAUUCCAUGGUAUAUAAUGACCAGUGGCAGAACAAUGGAAUCUACAAAGGAAUUUUUCACAAAGCACAAGUACUUUGGUUUAAAAAAAGAGAAUGUAGUCUUUUUUCAGCAGGGAAUGCUGCCUGCUAUGAGUUUUGAUGGGAAAAUUAUUUUAGAAGAGAAGAACAAAGUUUCUAUGGCUCCAGAUGGUAAUGGUGGUCUUUAUCGGGCCCUUGCAGCCCAUAAUAUUGUGGAGGAUAUGGAGCAAAGAGGUAUUUGGAGCAUUCAUGUCUAUUGUGUGGACAACAUAUUGGUAAAAGUGGCAGACCCACGGUUCAUUGGAUUUUGCAUUCAGAAAGGAGCAGACUGUGGGGCAAAGGUGGUAGAGAAAACAAACCCUACAGAACCAGUUGGAGUGGUUUGCCGAGUGGAUGGAGUAUACCAGGUGGUAGAAUAUAGUGAGAUUUCCCUGGCAACAGCUCAAAAGCGAAGUUCAGAUGGACGACUGCUGUUCAAUGCAGGGAACAUUGCCAAUCAUUUCUUCACUGUACCAUUUCUGAGAGACGUUGUCAAUGUUUACGAACCCCAGUUGCAGCAUCAUGUGGCUCAAAAGAAGAUUCCAUAUGUGGAUUCCCAGGGGCAAUUAAUUAAGCCAGACAAACCAAAUGGAAUAAAGAUGGAGAAAUUUGUUUUUGACAUCUUCCAGUUUGCAAAGAAGUUUGUGGUGUAUGAGGUAUUACGGGAAGAUGAGUUUUCUCCACUAAAGAAUGCGGACAGCCAGAAUGGGAAGGACAACCCUACUACUGCAAGGCAUGCUUUGAUGUCCCUUCACCAUUGCUGGGUCCUUAAUGCAGGUGGCCACUUUAUAGAUGAAAAUGGCUCCCGCCUUCCAGCAAUUCCCCGUGCUACAAAUGGAAAGUCAGAGACCAUCACAGCUGAUGUCAAUUACAACUUGAAGGAUGCCAAUGAUGUACCAAUCCAGUGUGAAAUCUCUCCUCUUAUCUCCUAUGCUGGAGAAGGAAUAGAAAGUUAUGUGGCAGAUAAAGAGUUCCAUGCACCUUUAAUCAUUGAUGAGAACGGAGUCCAUGAGCUGGUGAAAAAUGGUAUAUGAACCAUCUACCAAUUUCUACCACAAUAGGAAAUAGCUUUUAUUUUUGAUAGAUCAACUGUGAAACUGCAGGACCUCUCCUGGAAGACUGAAGUUUGAAGACUUUCACAGGAUUUCAUUUUGCUUGCUGAACUGUUGAAACUACUACAAACUUUUCAAGAUCCAGAUGACUGAAUUUCAGAUAGUGUUUUUAUUAUUCUCAACUCAUUGAAGGUUUUAUUUAUAUUUUUCAAUUGUAUGAUUUUUCUUCCAGCCAAGGAAAAUAUUGACCAUCCAUAAAGUUUUCUAUAGCUUAACUAUAGUCAGGAUGUUCAACAUUACUUUACUUUGUUUUCGAAGUUGUACAUAGUAAUAAUAUGUCAUGUACAUGUCAGAAGGUUUUUAUGAUACUAAAAGUUUGUUUUAUUUUAUCAAGCAUUAAACUUUUUAAAGGAAAUAAUUGGACAGCAAAAUAAACUUAUCUUCUUGUUU